CCAGGCGUGCUGGCUUCCUUUCCCGAAUGAAGACAGUACAGCCUGAGCUUGACGAGUCCUCAGAGGAGGAGGAGCUGGAACAGUUGACGCUUGCUGACAGCCUUGCUCCUCCUGAGGAGGAGCAGCCUGCCUCCCAGCAGCCGACCACAGCUGAACGGUCAGAUGCUGAAUCCCAGCCAGAAGCUCCCCUUCCCCACCCAGAGCCACCAGCUCAGACGCAGCCAGCUUCCUUAUCCCCUCCCCAACAUCUCCAGACUAUCGAGAGCAACGUCGGCGUAGCAGGGACAGAAGAGACUUACAGACCCGAUGUCAAUCUGCACGCCUCCGGGCUCUGAACAGGCCAGCCUUCUCAGAGGAAGGAGGGGCUUCAGAGGAGGAGACUUGAAGCAGCUGUGCGAGCUGACUGAAUGCUCUCAGAGUAUAAAAGCCAGAGGGAGGGCUCCUUUCAGUGUGGCUUCAACGAGUUCUCUAAGCUGCUACUGUACUGCCUGUGUUUGCUCCUUGGAAUUGUCUCUCUGACCUCCGACCCGGCUUGUCCUCGACUACUCCCUUGAUUUACGGACUCUGCACAUUCCUCGCCUUGCCAGCUGGACCUUGUUACCUGUCAGCAGCACUCUGCAGACUCGGCAGCCACUGGAAGCAGGACAGGUUUAUGACAAAGUUAAUUUCCAAAAUCUGCAUCUUUCCAGAUUUUUUUAACUUUUUUUACAUGUCCACCACAUAUGAUAGAAAAAACCAUCUACUUCCUUACAUUUCCAACAUGACCCUACAUAUUUCUUACCCAUUUUUUCAAUAUCUUUUGGUGUAACAUACCAUCUAAAGAACAUUUUAUACCAAUUUUCUCUUAGUGUUUGGCUUGCUGUAAAUUUUAUGUCCUUAGUCCAAAAGUUUUCCCACUGUUGAAAUGUUAUUUCUUCACCAAAAUUUUGCAUCCAUUUUAUCAUACACUUGUUCUAUUUCUGUGUCUUUUUGAGAGUUGUGAUGGAUAUCUUGAUGCAAAUGUUAGCUCAGUGUGAAAAAGGCAAAUUCUUGCCUGUUUUGUUCUGCUCCACUGUCCAAGGAGAUCUGUUGAUUUUAUUUUUUUAAGAUUUUAACUAAUUUAUUGUGUUUUAAACUGGUUUUAUGAUGAUAUGACUCGCCCUAAGCCUGCU